UGUGAAUAAAGAAAGUGUGUUGUAUUUAUCCAUUUCUUUCUUAUCAUAUUGGAGAAGAUAUUAUCAUAUCUGUCUGAUUUGUGUAAAACCGCUGAAGUCAAAUGGUGCAUCGUUCUCGGAGUGUUGGUACCUGACGGAACAAAAAGGGGAUCUCAAUGGAUAACACCAAACCUCUUAUCGAACUGGAACCAGACGAUGAUGGCAGAAUCAGAAGAACCGGGAAUGUGUUGACGGCAAGCACACACAUUAUAACUGUGGUGGUAGGGGCAGGGGUGCUGGCUCUGGCAUGGGCUAUGGCACAACUAGGAUGGAUAGCUGGCAUAGGAAGUAUCGUGACCUUUUCAGCUAUCUCUAUUUUCACUUACAGUCUUGUAGCCGAUUGUUACAGAUAUCCAGACCCUGUCACUGGCCAGAGAAAUUAUACUUAUAUGCAGGCUGUCAAGGCUUACUUAGGUGGAAGAAUGCAUGUGCUUUGUGGACUGGUUCAAUAUACCAAGCUCGCUGGGAUCACGGUGGGCUACACAAUAACUUCCUCCACAAGCUUGGUAGCAAUAAGGAAAGCAAUUUGUUUCCACAACGCUGGAAAAGCAGCUUCCUGCAAGUUUUCCAACAAUCCCUUCAUGAUCGGCUUUGGGAUUUUGCAAAUUUUUUUGUCUCAGAUUCCAAACUUUCACGAGCUUACAUGGCUCUCAACUGCUGCUGCCAUCACCUCUUUUGGUUAUGUAUUCAUUGGUAGUGGGCUAUGUCUAUCGGUCGUCCUCUCAGGAAAAGGAGCUGCAACCAGCAUAACCGGAACCAAACUACCCGUAGAAGAUAAACUUUUGAAGGUCUUCACUGCAAUGGGAAACAUAGCUCUUGCGUGCACUUACGCUACUGUCGUUUAUGAUAUCAUGGACACAUUAAAGUCACAUCCAGCAGAAAAUAAACAAAUGAAAAGGGCCAACGUGCUAGGGGUGACAGCAAUGACAAUAUUGUUCUUGCUGUGCAGUGGCCUUGGCUAUGCUGCUUUUGGAGACAACACUCCUGGGAACAUCUUGACCGGAUUUACCGAACCCUUCUGGUUGGUCGCACUGGGGAACGGAUGCAUCGUAAUGCACAUGAUUGGAGCAUAUCAGGUGAUGGGUCAACCAUUCUUUCGUAUAGUUGAAAUGGGUGCCAACAUGGUGUGGCCACAUUCAGAUUUCAUAAACAAGGAAUAUUCAUUCAUGAUGGGUAAUGUAAUGGUUCGUUUCAACUUGUUCAGGUUAGUUUGGAGGACAAUUUUUGUGAUAUUUGCCACAGUCCUUGCCAUGGUAAUGCCAUUUUUCAGUGAGGUUCUUUCCCUCCUUGGUGCAAUUGGGUUCGGGCCUUUAGUAGUCUUUUUUCCCAUACAAAUGCACAUUGCCCAGAAACAGAUUAGAAAACUAUCACUCAGGUGGUACUGCCUCCAAUUUUUAAGUUGCCUGGGCUUCAUUAUUUCAGUGACUGCUGUGAUCGGUUCAAUUCAUGGGAUUAUUCAGGAUUUCCACAAAACCAAUCUUUUCAUGUAUAAACAAUAGUCCCUUUUGAUAACAAUUGCAACUUUUUUUUUCUUUUUUUUGUAGUUAUUCCUUAGAUGUUUACUUGCACAGACCUAACCUGAUUAAUACAAAUAUUGUUCUAUAAAAAUGGUUGUC